GGUCGAGGAUCGAGGAACGCGUCGCGGGAGUGCAGAGCCUGCGGUAUCGUAUCAUCAUGCGCGACAAAGACAGCAACAACGGCAACGGCAGUGGGAAUUCGAAUAGCCGCAGCUCAAGGAAUGGACAACCAGGUCCAGAUGCGAACCCCACGGCACCUCCUGGUCGAGCCAAAAAGACAACACAGGCACCCACAUCACCCACGACCGAAUCCAGGGCGCCAGAUAUUCCCUCCAAAACGACCUUCUCUCCGAAAUCAUCCAAGCCGGGUCUGCCUGCUCCAAAUCCUACCACUUCGAAGGAAGCAUCACAGACAACACUUCCGCCCUCGCCGGAACCACAGGAAACGCGCACUAGCAUCGCAAGCACCGAACUUUUGCCACUGGAUACUAUACCUCUGGAAACUACCCAACGGGUCACUGGCCCUGCUGCACUCUCGCCUCCCGCAUUCUCGGCUUCAGCAGAUAUAACUACUCAAGAUGUAGCUCCUCCGCCUUCUACCAUAUUGCCUCUGGUGCCUCCAAUGGGACCGAGCUCAUCAACCUCAUCACUACCCACGUCGACAAUAGGGCCCACCUCCACAGAACGGCCGCCCAACUCCAUCAACUCCAUCCCCAAUGGUGACAGACAGCUGAGCAGUGCAGCCGCAAUAGCCAUAGGGGUCAUAGUUGGUCUCCUUGUUAUCAUCGCCCUGGGCUUCCUACCGUGGAAGUACCGAAGAUAUACGGCCCGUGCCCGCAUCGUCAGCCGAUUCAGAAGGGCGAGAGAGCGAAUGCAAACUUCCCAGCGCCAUGCCGCACGAAGCGAUCCCUCCAUGAGCGAGUGCCUUCUCGGCAAUGAAGCAGAUAUCGAAACCGGCAGUAACAUCGACUACGCGAGCCCUCUGCCGUAUUGGGAUUCCCAUCAGAUCGUGACACUGCCACAAACCACGCCAGUGGCCAUUGUGAGGCCGCGUCCUGUCCUACACCGAUCCGUUAGCCGGUUGAUGCGUCCAGGGCGUAAUUCCAUUCGAAGGGUGAAGGCAGUCGAGAAGUCUCUCACCAAGGUUUCUCAACCUCCUCCCGGGUUUGGAGGCGUCCCCGAGCCGAUGGCAAUUGAACAGGACAGUAGUGCACUAGGUGGCGAUAACAAUAUACCUCUUUUCCACGCCCAAGGAGUCGCAGAACCAAUACGGCCACAGUCUGAAGCGGCCUCAACGACAGCUGACCCGCAUAGCGCCACAUCUGCUACCUCAAGUCCUACAUUCCGGAGCGCGGGUGACCGACGUACAAAUCACUCCGGCUGGUCCGAGUGGUUCCGAAAUACCCCGCCCGAGGCCGAGCUCCAACCAGGUAUGAGACGACGCAGCAGUGUGGGUAGUAUAGGGGGUACGAGCGUCGCCAGUAGCGGAGUGCUCUCGCCUGCCUUUAGGAGCUGGCCGAUAGCAUCGCCUACUCCAACGACCGCGUCGAUUGUCGGGCUGAUAGUGGACGGGGCGCCGGAGACGAGAAACGGAGGGAGUUCCACCGCCAACUCAGUCAUGUAAACUCGUCGAACUCCACUGGUAAUCCAAUACGAGCUCGGGUGAGAUCCGACCAACGUAUGUUAACCGUGACUGGGACUGUAUCCAAAAAAAAAA